AUGCAGUUCCAUCUCGUUCUCAGCCUUGUCGUGGCCACUUUUCUUGCAUGUUGCAACAGCUUUACCAGCGCAGGUCUCGCUGCUGCAAAAGGCCCAACCGUCAGGAGUCCCGAAACUCGUCGCCUUCGUGGGGAUGACGCUAUUCAAGACGAGGAAAAGCCUCUAAGCCUUAACGUCGUGGGCACGAAAUCGCAGCUCAAGAAUCAGCCUCCAGUGGUGGGGACACUGGCUUCUGACGAUUCGGACCAAGUGGCGCCCACUUCAGCUCUGAAAGAGAAAUUAGAGAAGAAGCUGUUGGCACUGUCCAAGGAUCAUGACGAGAGAGGAUUCUGGAAAGCUGCUGGUAUCAUUGCCGCAGUCAUUGCAGCGAUUGGGGCUGGUUCGUGGUUGACAUAUGGCCACAUAAAGCACAUGUCGCAAAUGGGCGAAACAGCGAUGACGGGCAGCUCAUCGGGCCCAGGCCCAAUCUAG